GCCAGCUCAACCUGUUUGUGUUUUUGUUUUGUUUUUUCCCAGUUCUUCGUUGCAGGAAGGUUUCAUUUCAUUUCUCACAGUCUUCCUCAACAUAAAGAGGAAAGAAGGUAACUUUUUUAACGGGAUAGAUAUCAUUUAUCAUUUGUACCUCGUGACUUUUGAAUAUAUUUUUGAAGUGGUAUAGUUAUCAAUUAAGAGGCCUUCUACAGGAAAACAUCCAUUCAUAUUCAGGUUGAAAGGAAAAUAGACCGAGUAUGAGGAAGAACAUUUUCCUGUUGCUGUUGCCCUUGAUUCACAUUAUCACACCCUUAUCAGCCCAAAAUACAACCACAACAUCUACUACAAACACAUCAGCAGAGAUCUUCAUACGACCAGUGGAUGUCUCAGUGUUUGUGGGGGACCCCGCCACGUUCAUUUGUGCUGUUCCUGAAACGUCUCCCAUUGUCACAUUCGCCUUGUUUGGAGACCAUGGCAAUUACAGCCUCACCUGCCCUGGUGAACGUGUAGAAGAUAUUCCUCAGGAUAUUUAUGGAAGGUGUUAUAAAGAAAAAGGACUGUCACUGGCUGUGUGGAAUAUCAAAGGAACCUCUAAUUCAGACAAUCACACAAAAGUUGUUUGUCAGUUGCCAAAUGGCGGUGACUCUUCCACUGCCAUCCUAUAUGUUCAUGACAAUGGCAGGAACUUGGCCAUCCUCGUUGGUUGUGUCAUUGGUGCCUUCUUUGGUUCCCUCCUGGUGUUUGCUCUGUUGUUUUUACUUUUGCAGAGAUCUGAAGCCUUCCAGAAAUGUUUCAGCGGCAGGGGAAGAGAUGAUGAUGCAUUCACAAUUAUAUCAAAGGAUUUUACCAAGCAGCAGGAUUAAUGAUGAAAAAAAAAAUCAUAUCUUGCAAACAAACAGAUGAUGUAUCAGAAUUAAAAUUGAUAUGCUGUUAAUGCAAAUAUGAACAGUAAAAAAAAAAACUGAAAAAGAAAACAUCACAGUAAACCUUCCAAAAACUGUGACGGCAAAAAAACUGUGUGAUGAAACAAUAAUUCAAACCACAUACCAGUGCAAUCAGAUUAAAUGAUUUACGAAUAUGACAUGGAAGUGAUGAGGAAUGAUCAAAGGGUUGAUUUUAGAGAGACAUUAAAUCAGUGGUGUCAAACUCAUUUUUGUAUAUAGGCCAAAUUCACGUCGAAAGGAGCUUAAUUAGGGUGGAGCAGUAUAUUUUUGGUCAAAUAACAGCAAUUCAUAGCAUUCAAAUAACAAAAAUUCGUACAAUAUUCACGUUGCAAUUUUAACAAUACGAUGAAUCUGUGUUUUUAUUUAUAUACAAUGGUAUGAAAAA